AUGAGGGGCCUUAGGGGUCACAAAAACAAACUCGUUAACCGACUCAAGGUUAGGGAACUGCAUCCUUCAUUCGGUGCCGAAAUCUCCGGGGUUGAUGUAUCGAAGCCUGUCGCAGACGAUGUGUUUGACCAAAUUCUUGAAUUAUCCGCAAACUAUGGCGUUUUGGUCUUCCGUGCCACUGAUCUCGAUGACUCUAGCCAUGUCAAGCUUGCUCGGCGCUUUGGGCCUAUCUUUAGUAUGAGUCAGGUGCUCGCAGGUAAAAAGUCACGACUCGGCACUUAUGAGCUCGCGGACUUGAGUAAUGUCGACCCCGAGACUGGGAAGCCCGUUACUACCGGGGGACCUAACGCUCAAAUCGCCAAAGUUUCCUCUUUCCUACAUGCUGAUCUUGCAUACAACCAGCAACGUGCAUCAUGGAGUCUCCUAAGGGCGUAUGAGAUACCUCCCCCAGGGUAUGGCGGUGAUACAAUUUUCGCCGACACUAGAGCAGCAUUCCAAGACCUGGAUGAAAUCGAGUCGGGGUUGAAGGAGAGACUUUUGUCUAAGAAUUAUGUUGGUGUCCACUCGUGGCAUCAUGCUCUGAAGACAAGCAACCCGGACAUGUACCAAGAUUUAGACCCUUUCGACUACCCCAUGGCCAAGCACCAGCUAAUCGAGCUGCAUCAGCCGUCCAACAGAGUGAAUCUAUACAUUGGACUCUAUAUGCACCAUAUCGAAUGUGCGCCAGAAGAGGAAGACGAGAUGGCGGGACUACAGCACAAACUCAUGCAGCAUGCCGCCAAAGCGAAGUAUCAGCUGAAUGUGGAGUGGAAAAAUCCAGGUGACUUGAUUAUAUGGGACAAUAGAACUGUCAUGCAUAGAGCCGGUCCGGGUUCUUACGCUGGAAAGUUCAAAAGAGACUUGAGACGCGCAACUGUGCUCGAUGUCUGA